UGAAAAGACACUUGAGUUGAAGCCGCUGAUGUUGCUGCGGGUGUCGUGCAGGAAUAUCCAGUCUCCAGACUUCUGAGGAAUUAGUCAGUCCACACCUACGUGUCAGUGAACCGUCCACUUACAGAUUAAACCAAGUGCACUCAGCCCCACAAUCUUGUCCUCUUAGAUGCCUCUUUGCUUUUGCAAAUGGCUUGCUGUCUGAAGGACGAGCUCCUCUGUUCCAUCUGUCUUAGCAUUUACCAGGACCCCGUCAGCUUUGGCUGCGAGCACUACUUCUGCAGAAAGUGCAUCACCGAGCACUGGAGCAGACAGGAGCCUCACGGAGUGCGAGACUGCCCUGAGUGCCGGCGGACCUUCGCCGAUCCACUCCUUUCGCCGAGUCUCAAGUUGUCCAAUAUUGUAGAGCGCUAUUCAGCCUUUCCACUGGAUGCCAUUCUGAACGCUCAGAGGAGCUCAUACCCCUGCAAGGACCACGAGAAGGUCAAGCUCUUCUGCCUCACUGACAAAAGCUUGGUUUGCUUCUUCUGCGACGAGCCAGCGCUGCACGAGCAGCACCAAGUGACCACUAUUGACGAGGCGUACGAGGAGAUCCAGAGGGAGAUGAAGGAGCAGCUGGCCACACUGCAGGAUAGUGAGAGGGGACACACCGAAGCUCUGCAGCUCCUGCAGAGACAGCUCACUGAGACCAAGUCCUCGGCGAAGAGUCUGCGUGCAACCAUCGGGGAUGCAUUUGAGCGUCUUCAUCGCUUCCUGCGAGAGCGCCAGAAGAGCAUGCUGGAGGAGCUGGAGAUGGAUACGGCCCGCAAGCUGGCCGACAUCGAGCACAAGAUCCAGCGCUACAGUCAGCAGCUGCGUGACGUCAAGGAAGGCAUCCAGAUCCUGCAGGAGCGCCUCAACGAGUCGGGCCGUCACGACUUCCUGGAGGGUGUAGCCGUCACAUCCGAGAGGAUUAAAGGGAAGAUACAUGAGACCAACCUGACAUACGAGGACUUCCCAACAUCCAAAUACAUGGGGCCCUUACAGUACACAAUAUGGAAAUCACUCUUCCAGGACGUUUCACCAGUUCCCGCAGCGUUGACCCUUGACCCCAUCACGGCCCACCAAAGAUUGAUCCUCUCUGACGACUGCACCAUUGUGGCCUACGGGAAUCUCCACCCGCAGCCUCUGCAGGAUUCCCCUCGGCGCUUUGACGUGGAGGUCUCUGUCCUGGGAGCAGAAGGCUUAACGUCGGGCGUUCAUUACUGGGAGGUGAUGGUGUCGGAGAAGACGCAGUGGAUGAUCGGUGUGGCCAGUGAGACAGUCAGCCGCAAAGGCAGCAUCCAAAUCCAACCGAGCCGUGGCUUUUACUGCAUUGUCAUGCAUGACGGCAACCAGUACAGCGCGUGCACCGAGCCCUGGACGCGCCUCAACGUCAAGAGCAAGCUAGAGAAGGUGGGGGUGUUCCUGGACUACCCUAAAGGCCUGCUCAUCUUCUACAAUGCAGAAGACAUGUCCUGGCUCUACACCUACAGAGAGAAAUUCCCCGCCAAGGUCUUCCCCUACUUUAGUCCCGGCCAAAGUCACGCUAAUGGCAAGAAUGUGCAGCCGCUACGCAUCAACACGGUCCGUCUUUAAGAGCGAUGCUGCUACGGUCGCCACUGACCUGAGAUCAGUCUAGCGUAGAUGGAUUCACAGGGCAAGUGUGCUGAAAAAUGUUUGGUGUGUUUGAAAUGUUUGUCUCUGUGCGUGAUGUCACUGUAAAACUUUG